GCUGCCCACCCCGCAACUGCCGGAAAGUUGCCCAUGGGGUGGACUUCGCUGUGUAGCAGGAGAGGAGUGGGAGUCGAGGGUGCUUGAUGGAAAGAUGGGGGAAGGGGUUGCACGGAUUGGAGGAGCGAGGAGUCUCAGUCCCCAUCCCGAAGCCCAGGGCAGGACGUCGCGGCGGAGUGGGGAAGCGAGGAGGCCGUGGACGGGAGCUUGGAGGUCAGAGGAAGUACGGGGCCGGGUGCUCCGAGUGCGGGACGAGGAGAAUCGCGGCCCGGGGAGAGGCUGAGUUUGAGAAAGCUGCAGAGGAGGUUAAGCACCUUAAGACCAAGCCAGCCGAUGAUGAGAUGCUGUUCAUCUAUGGCCGCUACAAACAAGCAACCGUGGGCGACGUAAAUACAGAACGGCCCGGGAUGUUGGACUUCACGGGCAAGGCCAAGUGGGAUGCCUGGAAUGAGCUGAAAGGGACUACCAAGGAAGAUGCCAUGAAAGCUUACAUCAGCAAAGUAGAAGAGCUAAAGAAAAAAUACGGGAUAUGAGUGACUGGAUUUGGUUAUUAGGCCAUGUGUUUCUCCUAAACUUAGACAAUGCCUUGUUUUUUCUAAUACCGUGGAUGGUGGGAAUUCGGGAAAAUAACCAGUUAGCCCAGCUACUCAAGGCUGCUCACCAUACGGCUCUAACAAAUUAGAAGCUAAAACGAUUACUGACCUUCCUUGAGUAGUUUUUAUCUGAGAUCAAUUAAAAGUGUAUUUGUUACUUUAAAUAA